CACAUGUAGCAUCAGCAACAGGUGUUGGUAGUUCAGUGCGGCAGCCGGCACGGGUGCAAGUAACACGUAUAUCUCUGCACGUCGAGCAGCAUGCGGUUUCCAGAUGACUCGGUCUGGCUGUGCAUGCUGGGCCUGGUCGUGAUGGCAGUGACUUUGGAGGUGCCCGACUCUCCGUGCCCAGAUGCCUUCCGUUAUGAGCAAGGUGUAGCCGGCUACUGGACAGCACUAUUACAGUUGCCAGCCCCCAAUAAGCCACCCGUGAAGGUUGUCGCUGAGCUCUACCUCAAGGCAGAACUGCCUACUAAGUACCAUGGAAGCCUGCUGCUCGACCUGGGAAAGGAAGAGGUGCUGCGCCAGAUGCAGAUGGGUGUGCUCCGGGAGAUUGGCUACACAUUGUUAUUUCCAGUGCGCAGCCCACUACCAGAGGUUAAACGCAUAACUGUCAAUGAUGUUACUGUCUGUCAGGGACCACCUGUUACGGCAAACACUGUGACAACCAUAAGGGUGGAGCACACUCUAUCUGCAGAUGUAGCACCCUUAUCACCUGGCAAGGACUCUGGGAACAGGCCAUCUCCAGAAGUGAUGACACAAUCUUCUGGAGACAAUGCUUCUUUACUCAUCAAAAAUCCACCUACAGCCUCUACUGUGCCAUCUCGUGACAUAGGAUCAGUCAGUUGUGGAAGGGCCAUAGUUCCUGUUGAACUUGUUCUGAAUGGAGAAUAUACUCCAAGAGGAGAAUGGCCAUGGAUUGCAGCUUUAUUCAGAGUGACGGACAUUGGACAGAGAUUUAUUUGCAGCGGAAGUCUCCUGAAUAGAAGGACAGUCAUCACAGCUGGGCAUUGCAUCAAGUACCGUGAAAAUCCAUCACUCCCACCACAGGAUCUUGUUGUCUACCUGGGAAAGUACGAGGUGCGGCGCUUUGCAGAGCGUUACAACCAGGUUAGAGAGCCAUCAAAAAUAUAUCUCCAUCCAGAGUACAACAGCAACACCUUAAAUGCUGACAUUGCCAUAAUAAUACUGAGAGAUCCUGUUGAGUACACCCGAUACGUUGUUCCCAUUUGCCUGUGGAAUCGAGAUUCAUCACUAAGCAGUGUGGUUGGUCAAGUUGGAGUGGUUGUUGGAUGGGGCCGGGAUGAACUGGGCAACAAAGUCACUGAUUUACCACACAAGGCAAAUGUUCCUAUUGUGUCCAGAGAAGACUGCAUAAACAGCCGAAAGGAUUUUAUUUUCCUCGCCAAUGAACGGACGUUCUGUGGAGGCUUUCGAAAUGAGACAGGGCCCUGUUCAGGUGACAGUGGAGGUGGUCUCUUCCUUCCCUCUGAUGGAGAAAGUGGAAGGCAAUGGUUUCUGCGUGGAAUUGUAAGCCUCUCUCUACGUGAUCCUGAAACUGGAAGCUGUGACUUGAGGCAAUACAUUGUCUUCACAGAUGUUGCACAGUUCCGGGACUGGAUUUUGAAAAUAAUGCAGAAACAGGUAUACUGACCAUAACAGAAGUGUAAUUUACUUCUUAUGUUCAGGUGAUUCUGAAAACUAAGAGACAAUAGUGACUCUUGAUCAAAACUUCAAUGCACUUACGAUAUUAUGAAGAAGACAAAAACCAUGAUAGUGGUUACAUGCUGUGCUGUGACGUGACAACUGAUAAAAUAUAUUAGUAACUGUGGGUGAUGUGUUUAGUACUGUCUAUGUUCCAAGAAGAAUCUGAUGGCAGUAGCAGUUUCAAAGAAAGUACAUGUGCCAUACAAAGUACAAAAGUUGAUGGAACCUAUGGAUAGUACUUUGCCAUACAUGUUAAUAAACAAACCUACCGAUAAUUCUAUAAUAAUUACUUAGUGUGCACAUCUGCAGUUGAUUUACUAUAGAAAAAAAAACAUUUUUUGUGGCCAUCUAGUUACUAAUCCUUACUACAGACUAUAGAGAUGCUGCAGAACACUGAAUUCAGGAUAUAUUUGGUUAAAACCUCAUAAUAAUUACGUUACUUAAAUUUUGCUGUUGGCUGGCUGCAGGUGAUAAUUUUGAUGAACAAAAGUUUGAGAAUUUUAGUACAAGCAAAUACAUGUUUGUAAACUGUUUUUUACUGAGAUUCAUUUUGUACCUACCAGAAAUCAAAUAAAAAUACUGAUAUCUGUGCGCCAGAAAUGCAGAAAAUAGAACGAAAAGACUGCAGUAAAUCCAGUCAUGAUAUCAUAAAGCAGGAAAUUUUUCAUAUGUCAUAGCAUACCCAUUAAACCUGAUUAAUUUUGUUUUAGAAUCUAUAAUUAGUUACAAAUAUGACUACACAAACUGUAAUUAAGUAGUUUUCUAAAAAUCUUGAUAUUAAGGAAACCUUCCACCUUAAAGGGUAGAUGUUCAGCACAGAGGAUGGAUGCCAAACAAGAGGUUGGCGAUUCUUCCUAAGCUCAAGUAUGUUAGAUGUGGUGGACAGAUGGAUAUAAAAUUGUUGAGUGCUAAACAGUGUGGUCUUCAGUCUUCUGUUUCAAGAUUGUGGUACUCUUGUUUAAACAGAAAACAAAGGUCAUUUAGCUCCAGUAAAAUUAAUAAAAACUUUCACUACAUUCUCCAGUACAUCUGUUCAUACCAUUGUCCUGUUAAUAGUAUCAAAAAGACAGUUGAUAGAAGAAAAAUGGUUGGUUGAUCACAAUACUAAUAGGGUGCACCAACCACCCAUUAUAAUCUUUGACAAGUGGAAUUGGGCCUUGCUACCACACAAACUGUCAUCAGUUUUCUUUCUAUGUGGACAUGGGAGUGGCUGGGAUAUGGAGAAACAAAGCGUAGGAAGACAAACUGAGCGAGAGACAACAACUAGUAGGAAACGAGUGCAAAGAGGGCUUGGAAUUGGAGAAAAGCAAAAAACUUCAACUGUUCUUCAGAAAUACUGGCUACUUUCUUCAGAUAGGAGAAUAUAUACUCCUCAGGAAAGCAGACAAAAAAGCCGUUUAAUCAUAAAAAAAUUUAUUAAUUCAUAUGUUAUAUUCUCGUAUGAACAGAAGAAAAUAAUUCUCCAUGUCUCUUUUCAAUAUUUUGCUGAAAACAGAUAUUCAUCUUACAAAGGAAUUUUUCACAUAGAUAUUCUCAACCGGUUUAUAUAAAGUUUACUACCUUGCUCCAGUCCUCUCCUGAUUUCUAGCCUCAUGAGUCCCUUUAAGUCCCUUUGCACUCAUUGCAGGGGUAAGUUUUGCUUUUUAGCAUGGUCAUCGAGUUAGAAGCCUUGCACUAAUAAGUCUUUUGUGGACUGUGAAGGUACAAACAUUGACUCCAAAGUUCUCCACGGCCUUCUUCAAAUCUUACCUGGUAGCUCUUCUGUGAUUUUUCACCGUCUAGACAAAUUUGCAUUGAGUUCUAGCGGACAGUUUGCGGUUGCAUACACAGUUCCCUCAACAUGCAGGGCUAAAAUUAUGGCCAUCUUUCAAUGACUGUCAAAUGCAGCUUGCAGAUUUUUGUGAAAUUUGUAAUCUGUUUACUGUGUCUCACUGUGAAUACUGGUUUUCUUUGAGUAACAGUUUUAUAGAAGCAACUUUUCUUGGUGACCGAUGAUUUUUCCAACCCAUAAACAACAAAUAUUUGACAAACAUAAGAAUUGUUGAUAAUAAUGAAAAUGCAAGUAGAAAUACUCAUAAAUUAUUGUUUGAUGGUACACUAAACAUAAAACAUACCUUAGGUAUGAGUCGGCCGAAUUAAACUGCAACCAACACAGCUGCAACCAUGCCAUCUCUGUCCCAACAACAACAAUUGAGAGCUUAGGAAGUGCUGCCAACAUUGAUACUGGCAUAGUACUGCCAAUAGGAAAGGUAAAUGUUGCCAGGCAGAUGUAAUUGAGUGAAUUCCAGUAUCACAUGACUGAAUAAUUCCAGAAUGAGAGAAACUAGAAAAUAUCAAACUUUUCAUUUUGAGACUAAAUUUUCACACCUCUGUACACAGAGGAAGGUGUACAUGGCCUACACAAUACUGAAUAUUGUUGUAACAGCGACCAGAACAGUCACGGGGUUGAAGUAACAGAAAAAUGUGGCGGGACCUGCAGAGCGGCCCGCGAGCAACAACACAACACAGAGGACGGACACGACCAACAAAGGACCUUACGACAACAACAAGAACGAGACAAUAGAGUAAAGAAAACCUAACUAGACAACCAUGUCCAUUCGUAAACAAAACACGAAAGUAAAUACAGUGUCUAAGGCGAGGCGAUAUGUCAAGAGAUGUACACAAUGUUAGACUGACUGGCUGAGCGAGAGGCACGCACUUAAGUACUCUGUCAGGGACGCCGCUAUUGGCCGCUGCAACCACAUGUUACACUGUGAUGCCCUCACACUAAAUGCAGGCCAGGAGAGACGCCCGCUGCCACAGCUUAUGGUGCGAUGGUGCAGAGACCCCUAGGGGUCUUCGAUGUCCGUGACAUCUGGCAGGGAUUCCAAUUCCGCGGUGCGUGGUACCAGAAAUAUAUUACCUGACUGCUUUCACAAGUAUGGUUAUACUUGUAUACCUUUAAAGAAGAUGGUGAUAUGACUGAAACAAUUAGUGCGUUCCUAGAACAAGGUUUUGGAAAUGGUUUUAGACAAGUGUAUGAUGUGUGGCAAUGGAUUGUGAAUGAUGACUGUAUAAUGAUGAACAAGAAUAUUUAAUAAUUUGGAUGGUUGCUGAAAUAGCAUCAUUGUAAAAGUAGAUAUUUAGUCAGAGAUUUUCACAGUUACUAUCCCUUCUCAACCAGAAUUCUGCUAGGAACAGUUUGUGUGACCUUCUUACACACACACACUAACAAUCGCCGCCUCCAAUGAGGGCUUCUGUCAUUGAACACUACCUCCGCCAGCAUCGAGCUAAAUAAAACAUACUACCUCGUCCUAUAUAAAAUUAACCAUUUGCCUACGACCACAAGUUGUGGGUUGCUCAGUACUAAAAGUUUUCUGUUUCUAUAAAUUUUUCACAAACUGUAUUGACCACUCCUGGGAUUGGCAAAAGAAUGUGGAAAGUAUCAAGUCUCUGUUUAACUGCCUGGUUUGUGAGGUGUAUGAAUGCUAUAAAUUUUUAUGAAAAGAAUUUGAAGGAUUCAUAAAGACUCAACAAACAAUUACUGAGCAGAGACCAGCAUGCAAUAAUAAGCCUAGUAUAACAAAGUUUGGUAAUGUCUCAAAUGUUGCCAGUGUUCAACUGUUUUGGCUCAACAUCCAUCCACCUCAUCAGUGCACAACACAAUUGUGGAGGAGCACUGAAUUUUCACUCAAGCAUGGGGUUCAAAUAUCUGUUCUGCAAUCUAAACUUAAGUUUUACAUAGUUUCCAUAACUAUUUCUUCCAGAUGUGACACAAGACUCCUGUAAUAUUUGAGGCUAUACUACCAAUACAGGGCUUCUGUUUGGUUGUUUAAAGCUAGCUGGGAGCUUAAAGUACCCUCUUCUAUAUGCUGGACUUUUUUGGAGCAUGCAGUACCAUACAACAAUUAAAGAGCAGCCUGCAAAUGCUUCUGGAAGGUGGAGGUGACAAUUUGUUAUUUUUCAUGGUGUUUUACAACAGAUAAUGUGAGCAACAGUAAUAUUUCAAAGUUUUAAACUGCUUCCUGCAGCUUAUUCGUACGUUGUAUUGCUUCUUUGACUGUGGGUGUACAUCUUUUUUUUUCACAAUAACUACCAAUUUUCAAUUGACCUGCCUACAAUUAAUUUGUCCUUCCAUAUCAGACAAUGUUUGGCAUUUCUAACUACUGAAUGCAGAAGUCAAAGCAGUUCUUGUACAAAAUUUUGGGUGUAUUAACACAACUGAAAAAUUAAACUUGUACAGCGUAUAAGUUGCUAUAACUGAUACAAGACUGAGGGCAGCAUGGUCUCUGCCACAUCAUUCAAAUGUAAUCACAAUAAUGCCUUUACAUAUCAUGCCAUUAUUACAAAAAUGUUUUACUGAAAUUACAGUUAAAACUUCAUAGGUUUACAGAAAUUCACUUUGACAUAAACAAUGCCAUGUCAUGAAGUGUGUAUUCUAAUGAAUAUGUUACAAAAUAUGCUAAAAAUAUUAUAUGAAAUUACUUCAAACUAAAACUAUUAACAUUGAUUUAUUUGAUAUUUAAAUUAUGGUAAAUUACGGUAAACUGCAUGAUGCUAAUAUAAUUUUUAAAUUGUUACAUAACAUCAGUUUUCCACAAUCAGCUGCUUUGCAGUGGAAAUCUGUUUUGCUUCAAUACCGAAAAUAGUUACAUGUUGAUAAUACUAGGCUUAUUUUGUAUUCAGAUAUUUAUACAAAUACACUGACUGUGAUAUUAUAAACUAUUUAAAUCUGAGAUCUGAAACAAAGUUGAAAUAAGUUUAAUUAGUGUUCACAAAAUGUAAGUGAUAUUGGUAUUGUAAUCUAUAUUAGAUGUUGUAUGUGACCUUCGUAUCAAGUUCUACAGUUGAUGAGUUAUCGCAUGGUUCUGUUUGUGUCAUAUCCUACUCUGAUGCAUUAUGUACACCCAUUCAGCCCCCUCCCCCACCUCCCCUCCUCCAGAGAAUUGUGCAUAAAACUUAUGCAUAAGUCUCUGCCAGGACAUGUCUGGAGCAGAAUAGGAAGUGUAUUACAAAACUGAAAAUUGCCAUUGUUUGUUAUUAUUUACCUGAAAAUAUUUAACGACAUAUAAAUUUCUGUAUGAACAUUAUUGAUAAAGUGACAAAUUCAUAAACUACAAUAUAAAAAUUUUGUUACAUACUGGGCAGACAAAAUUAAACUGUAUAUAUAUAUUUAUUAUAAAAAUUUAACUUUAGUUUCUUCAAACUACAUUUAACAAGGUAAAAGUCUUGAUUUCAUUAAUUCAAAUUUGUUUUCAUUCUGUGUAUAAAUUAUCCUGUAUUGCUUUUGUGCACAAUAUUUUUUUU